AUGAGCAGAGAGGAAAAUAAGGAAAGGCAGCAAGAUGGACCGGCAUUUGACUGUCUUAUUACCUCAAGACAAAGUUGCAAAUUUUUUACGUCAUCUGAAAUCAAUGGAAAAAUACUCGUUAGUUCGACAAGUGUUGCUCUUCUAGUCAGUGACGAAGCAUUGAGGAUGUUUUCAAUAGCUAUGCUUCCUCGGUAUUGCAUGGUACAACAUGAAGAUUUGUCCAGGAUCAGGCGACAAAUAGCGUAAAUAAGAAUGGAACGGUCCACUGGAGACUGUGAGCGUAGAUCGAAUACCGACAGCAUGUCAAGAACACGGCAUAUCUGAAAAAUUGCCAGUUCGGUACGGUCUUCCCCAGGAACAGUCGGGAGCUCUUUCUGCUGUAACCGCUCGUGGAUGUAACGUUCGGCUUCAGGAAAUAUUUCACCUUUGGGUACGAGAUCACCCACUGAACACUGUGCGGCAUGACAUAACCACGCAAGGCACACAUGCACCUCAGGCCCUACAACACUUCGCUUCAACGGAAUAUUUCGUCUUCCUCGAACGAUAUCCCUCAGAGCUUUAUCAAAAACGUCUGAGAAUGGAAUAUCUUUUGAAGCCAUGAGAAUCAAAUCCAUAGAACAAAUGUGUCCUCUGAUUGAGCUUUUAUCUUUUGUCGAUAAAACUGCAUGA